AUGACGUCAGUAAAAUGUGACGUUGUUGUGGUUGGAGCAGGCCUGUCCGGUUUGACCGCAGCUAACGCCAUUCUGGAGAAAGACAGCUCUUUAAGCGUGAUCGUCCUCGAAGCUAAAGAUCGUGUUGGCGGAAGAACGCUAACUAGACAACUGCAUGGGUCCGACAGUAAUCUAGAUUUCUGGGAUGUCGGCGGAGAAUGGGUUGGGAGACCGUACCCUCAUCUUCAGUACUUACUAGAGAAGUUUGACAUAGACACUUUUAGUCUCCGUAAGUCAGAAGUCGAGACAGCACCGUUAAGUCUUUUACCGGCGCUUGACAUAUAUGUAUUAUCUCUCAGGCUACGAAGACGAAAGAAGUAUUUUGACAAACUUGCUUGUCAAAUGAAAAGUUCUGUGCAGGCUUUUGAAUGUGAUGGGAUUAUAUUUGAAGAUUACUGUAACAGCCGGCUAUGGACACAAGAAGCCCGUCGUACCGUGGAAGCUGCGUGUAAGUCAAUGUUUGGACUAAAACCUUCUGAGAUGUCGCUUUUGUACUUUCUGAUGAAUGUAUCGUCGGCAGGAGGUUUCUUAACAUUUCGACACCCAGAAUUGUGUUCAGGGCAAGAACGACGGAUCAAGGGAGGUGCCCAGCAGCUAUGUCAUCGGCUUGCACAAGUUGUUGGUAAGAAUGGAAUUGUGAAGAAUCAACCUGUCACACACAUCAACCAGACAGCAGAUAAAGUAACAGUGCUGACUGCAGACAAGUCACAGUACCGGUGUAGUCGAGUUAUAAUGGCAGUGCCCCCUCAUCUACUUGCGGACAUCCAUUUUACCCCUGAGUUACCCUCCAAUAAAAUGGACGUCCUCCGGAACAUCCCCCUUGCUCAUAUCGUUAAAUUUGUAUACAGCUACGAGGAGAGGUUCUGGAGUAACAAAGGUUCCGAAAGUCAUGGUCUCCAGGUAGUCCUUGAGGAUCCCGCAGAUGGGCCAGUAGGUAUAGCAUAUGACGGCACGUCAUCCCGAAACAACCCAGCUAUAGUAGGAUUCGUAUCCAGCACCAAGGCUCCAUUUUACGCUCAGGAGUUGCAGCUUCCUCAUCCGUGGACGCAAGAACAAGAGUUACGUCGCCAGAACGAGGCUAUUUUGUCUGUUCUAGAAGACGUCAUGGGUCCUGAGGUACACGAUUAUAUAGACAGUACAUUUAUAGAUUGGAGCACAGAAAAGUAUAAUGGCGGAUGCUUUUUGAAAAGCAUUGUUCCUGGAACUACAAGACAUCUUUAUCAAACAUUAAGAGAACCAUUCGAAAAUGUGCAUUUCGCUGGGACAGAAACCGGAACUGUUUGGUGUGGACUAAUGAAUGGCGCGGUACAAUCCGGACUCAGAGCGGGGGCAGAGGUUUUGCUUCAUCUUCGGCCGGAACUGUUGGAUAGUGAAGAUCCGGACAAAGCACAUUUAUUUACGAACUACAAUAUAACAUCCGGUUCCGGUGGAUAUAGUGUAGGAGUCUGUGUUGCGUUUGGCGUUAUGGGUGUAACAGUAGGCGUCGUGGGAAUGUGUCUAACCAAACAGACGCUUUAUGCUCCAUUGGAUAUAUUCAGACGACUAUAUGACAUUUUCUUAUAAUUUAAAUAGUUUUCUAAUUCC